AAACAGGAAGUUAAUGACACAACCCACUUUCACACGCACUCUUACACGCUCUCUUUCACACCUACACACACUCUAUCUCUCUCUAACACACAGAACACAUCCUAAACUCCAGCUUACAAGCGAGAGCUUGAAUUCAGACUUGUGUAUUGAAGUGUGUAGCUCAGGGCAGCACAAUGAGAUUAUUAUUAUUGUGUAUAAACUUGAGUGUGCUUGUGUUUCCUGUUUCAGGCAGUAUGGCGAACUCUGCUGCACACAGGUGUUUCUGCAAAGUCACCGGUAGUCUGGACGACUGCGCCUGCGAUGUGGAAACAAUCGAUGGCUUCAACAACAAGAAGCUCUUCCCCCAACUUCAGAAACUCCUUUCGUCUGAUUAUUUCAGGUUCUAUAAGGUGAAUCUGAAUAACCCAUGUCCGUUCUGGAGGGACAGCGGCAACUGUGGUCUCAGAGACUGUGCCGUUAAACCCUGCAAACCUAAUGAAGUACCCGAGGGGCUGAAAACCAGCAGCUACAAGUACUCAUUAGAGGCCAGCCAGCACACAAAGGAGUGUGAAAUGGCAGAGAAGCUGGGCGCUGUCAAUAUCUCUCUAAGUGAUGAAACCCGGCAGGCUCUGCUCGACUGGAACCGGCACGAUGACGAGGCCGACCGUUUCUGCAUGCAUGAUGAUGAAGACUCUCCGGAUUCGCAGUAUGUCGAUCUCCUCCUCAACCCUGAGCGAUACACUGGAUAUAAGGGUCCUGAGGCCUGGCAGAUAUGGAACAGUAUAUAUGAAGAAAACUGUUUCAAACCGUAUACAGUUAAACGACCACUGAACCCUCUGGUGUCGAGCAGUGGAGACAGUGAAGGAAGGGGAUUCUACAAGUGGCUGGAAGGUCUGUGUGUGGAGAAAAGAGCGUUCUUCAGGCUCGUCUCAGGACUGCAUGCGAGCAUAAAUGUGCACUUGAGUGCCAGGUACCUGUUGGAUGAUAACUGGUUUGAGAGGAAGUGGGGUCCCAACGUCACUGAGUUCCAGCUGAGAUUUGAUGAAGAACUGACAAAAGGAGAAGGACCCAAACGUCUGAGGAAUCUCUACUUCCUCUAUCUGAUCGAGCUCCGUGCCCUGGCUAAAGUCCUGCCUUUCUUUGAGCGUCCCUCCAUCCAUCUGUACACAGGAGAGGCAGAACAAGACAAGCAGACUAAAGAGCUGCUCUUAGAGCUCCUCCAUAUGGCCAAGUCUUUCCCAUUGCAUUUUGAUGAAACCACACUGUUUGCAGGCGAUAAGACAGAAGCAGCAAAGCUAAAAGAAGACCUCAGGCUGACUUUUAAGAACAUCUCUAGGAUCAUGGACUGCGUAGGAUGCUACAAGUGUAGACUGUGGGGCAAACUGCAGACCCAGGGUUUAGGUACAGUUCUAAAGAUCCUGUUCUCAGAGAAGCAAAUUGAAACUCUUCCUCAGUCCAGCAACGCCAAACCGUCCUUCCAGCUGAGUCGGCAGGAGAUCGUUUCCCUCUUCAACGCUUUCGGGAGAAUCUCAACAAGUAUUCAAGAACUGGAAAACUUCCGGAAACUGUUAUCAGAGCUCAAGCAAUGAGGUGAUCUCAGCCUGAUGUUAUUCCUUCGCGUGGAUGAACAGCCUGCUAUCUAUCAACCAAGACAUGUUUGACGUUCCAAGUUGGCUUCUUUAGUUUUCCACAGGAAUUAGGAGGAGAUUGUAGCUACCAGUUUAGCACAUCAGGUAUUUCAACCAGACUUGUUCACAUGCUUUCCGACACUGUAUCACAUAUUAUUAUCUAUAAAAAUGGACAAAAGGAUACCACAGAACUAAAAACAAUACUAACGGCCAUUUUGUAUCUGAAUCAUGUUCUUUCUCAGCACAUAGUUUGGUGUCACUUGGUGUUAUGUCAUUAUAGGUCAUUAUGUCGUUUUAGGCGUGCUUAGGUGUGAUGCUUUAGGCAGGCAAAUUGGUAGCUAUAAGCUUUCUUGUUUAGCUAUAUUAGCUACAGAAGAAAACUUUCAACCACCAAACAUGUCUUGGUUGAUUAUAAUAGGAGUAACAAGAAAUGAAAAAAAAAAAAAUCAUUUUUGCCCAAACUGUUCAUUUAAGCUCGACUCAGGAAGUGUGGUUGAAGAUCAUGAGAAACUUUACAGCCCAAAGAGAAAGUCUCAAUGCCAAUGAGAUGUCCUUGAGGUAUGAGAUUUGGCAAUACAGAUGCCCCUAAACAAACCGAGCACUUUAAUGACUGAGGAUUAAAUUUAGCAUUUAGCACAAUUUGCACUAUGGCAUAUCUGAGGAAUGUAUUUCACAAAGAAGUUUGGAGCGAAAAUAAGAAUUAGGACUACUCCCACAUAGGAUUGUUUUUUUUUCUCAGGGAUUUAAGUCAAAAUUUCAGAAUCAAUUAGACAAUAAUGUGGAAAAUAGGCUUGUCGUUCUUGAGUCAGGUACUACUGAUGAAUAAGGAUCAUUUUUGGAUGAUUCUUCUAUUGCAUACAGUUGUUAAAACUAUUGGUUUUUGCAUUUCGUUUUGUAUCUUGCAUCACAAUACUUGUCCAUAGUUCACAUUAGGUAUCGUGAUAUUUAGUUGUAUGUUAGAACAGAUACGUCAUCUUUAAAAAAAGUACGUAAAGCAUUACAACAUGAAACAGGAAAAAAAAUAAAUUAAAUAGUAAAUACAUUUACAUAUACAUGCAUACAGAUGAUGUGAGAAAACUGUAUUUUGACUUUUUUGUGAUGGUAAUAUAUUGUCUUAUCACCUGUGGUUCAGUAGGUUUAUGGAUUUUUCUUUUUGUUCUACCAUAAUUUGACAACCGCCAUGUAAAUGUGUUCAUUCCUUAAUAAAAAUUAUUUACAUGCA